AUGAGCGGUUGCGAAAACUACGGGACGGUGAACGGCUCGACUUGCGCUUGCCCUCCCGGCUUUGGCGGCGCGACAUGCUCACAACCCGCGUGCGGAGGCACUCUCUUCCAGGGCUCUAGUCGCUCGCUCGCUAGCGGCACGCCGUUCGCCAACCUCACCACCUGCGCAUGCGAAGACGGUUGGACGGGGACGGGCUGCAAUGUCUGCCAAAGUGCACAGGCGUGCCAAUCCGGACUCGCGAGUGUCCAGGGCAGUUCAAGUUCCCUCACAGGCCUCAGCAGUGGCCAGGACAACUCGCUGACGUGCAACACGACGCCGAGGGUGUAUGCUUCCGGCCAGAUGAGCUGUAAAGUGCAGAACCCCACUUUUCAAGUGAUCUAUCCUGGCCCGUCUACGAUCACCAUUACACGAAACCUGAACGACUCAUUCACGCCCAUUCCCAACACCACCGCGUUCGGUCCCAGCGGCUCGGUCUACGCUCAGUUGUUCUACCUGGGAGUGGAGCAGUUCUACUGCACAGCGGACACCUGCGAGCAAGACCUCGGCAACGACGACGGUAGUUCGAACUGGAGCUGCCAGAACCUCGAGUGCACAUGCCGAACAGGAACCAACUUCUGCGGCGCGGUACGGGCCACGGACCUGUCGGGCAUCAUCAACCAGCUCAGCGGAACCCUGGGCAUUUCUUGCGGCCCCACCGCCCCUGAGAACAACACCGCGUCGUGCUCUUUCAACCAAGAUAUCAUCGACCAGGUCUUCGGGUCGGCGGGUAUCUCGUUGAGCGGCUGUGUAUUCGGCGAAUGUAUCGCGCAGAGCACCUUGAACACGCUGUCAGGAAACUCCACCAUUGACGGGACCGACGGGGGAGGCUCCUCCCUCAGUGGCGGUGUGAUUGCUGGCCUCGCCGUAGUUGGGUCGCUGAUCGGGCUCGCUCUGUUCUUGCUUCUGCUCGGCCUGGUAGGCCAGCGUCGCGCGCGGAAGCAGGGCGUGGGCGCAUUGGACCGCUCGGGAGGGGUCGCUAUCGCGUGGUCGGACGUGAGCUACCUCGUCCCGCAGCAGGCCGGCCCCGCGUGGCUUCGCCGCCGCGCGAAGGACGUGGAGACCGAGAAGACCGUCCUCGACAACGUCAGCGGACGCGUUGUCCCCGGCGAGAUCAUGGCCAUCCUUGGUCCGAGCGGCGCGGGCAAGACGACACUCAUCGAGAUCCUCGCGCAGAAGCACAAGGUCGGUCGGGUCACUGGCGGCGUCUCGUUCCCCGGGACGGGCAGCCGCAAACCGCGCGUUGGCUUCGUGCCGCAGCAGGACGUGCUCCCGCCCAUGCUUACUGUGCGCGAGGCGCUCCUCUUCGCUGCGCGUCUGCGCCUUCCGGAGGGUGUGCCAGACGUGGAGAAGCAAGCGCGCGUGGACGACAUUAUGACACGCCUCGGCAUCGCGCACGUCUCGGACGUGAGGAUUGGUGACGGGGAGAAGCGCGGGAUCAGCGGCGGUGAGAUGCGGCGGGUCACUAUCGGCCUCGAGCUCGUCUCGAAGCCUGACGUGCUGCUCUUGGACGAGCCCACGUCUGGCUUGGACUCCGUGUCGGCGAAGAAGGUCGCGAAUGUGCUCCACGCGCUUGCGCACGACCCGAAGAACCCGACCGCCGUCAUCGCGUCUAUUCACCAGCCGAGCUCUCACUUGUAUCACUCAUUCGACCAGAUCUUGGUACUCGCGCAUGGUCGCGCGCUCUACUCUGGGGCCGGUGGUUUCGCUCCGGCGGAGCACUUCUCUGCCCAGGGUAUCGCAUACAAGGAAGGCUACAACGUCGCGGACUACCUCCUGGAGAUCGCAAGCGAGCCUCCUGUCGCGGCGUUCGAUCUGUCCGGCAACUCCAAGACCGGGAUACACGGAAGUCCUGCUGCUGGAUCGACAGAGGAAGUGGAGAAGGGAUACGUCGGCACAUCUCCGACUAAUAUCGAGUUGGAGAGCAAGGUGGAGGCGCAAGAGCCGAAGAAGAAGUCGUGGUUCCACACGUCCCACUACCAGGCGACCUUCCUGACGCAGCUGGAGGUCCUUUCCGGGAGAGAAUGGAAGAUUUUGAGACGCGACAAGACUCUAUUCUUCGCUCACAUCGCCAUCGCGUGUGUCUUGGGUGUAUUCUGCGGCGGGCUAUAUUACCAUACCGGAAUCACGAUCGCUGGGUUCCAAUCCCGCGUUGGGUGUCUCUUCUUCCUGGGUGCCCUCAUCGCUUUCUCGUCUCUCAGCGCGCUAUACAACGUCGUAGAGAUCAGACCGCUGUUCUUGCGGGAACGCUCGGCGUCGUACUAUAGUCCAACUGCUUGGCUGCUCUCCCGCUUCGUGUUCGAUGUGGUCCCGCUCCGGCUCAUCCCCACAAUCAUCGUGGCCACCAUUACGUAUUGGAUGGCGGGCCUGGCCCAGGACGCGGCGCACUUCUUCAAGUUCCUGUUCAUCCUGGUGCUAUACACGCUGGCCAUGACGCUCUUCAAUUUCCUCCUCGCAUGCCUAUUCCGCAACGGCGGCAUCGCGAUCCUCCUGUCCGCGUUGACAGCGCUGUACCAGAUGACGUAUGCGGGCUUCUUCGUGCACUUGGACGACAUCCCGCCAGUUCUGCGGUGGCUGCAGUGGAUCUGCCCGCUCAAGUACACGCUCGAGGCGCUGUCUGUCAACGAAGUCGGCUCGGGGCUGAUGAUCGUGGACACGCUCGAGGGCGUUCCCGUGAACGUGUCCGCGGCGUUGAUCAUGAAGACGCUAUUCGGUUUCGGCCAGAACAACUACUAUCGGGACGUGCUGGUGCUGUUCGCCUACAUCGCGGGCUUCGCUGUGAGCGUAAUAUUUAUCGUGUGGCUCAAGGUGCGCGAGCACCGGUAGAUUGUGUAUGUAGGUUUCGUGUUGUAUAAU